AUGGAUCAAUUACCAUCAUUUGCAGGAGAUGAUUAAUAAAUAACUUAUCUUUUUGCAUGGGGACGCAACAAAGAUGGAGAAUUGUCAAUUGUAAAAUAGGAUAUCAAUAUUUUGAUUAGGGUAAUCAAAAGAAAUGCAAUGCCCCAAAAGCAGUUCAAGGAUUGAAGAAUCAAACAGUUUAAUUGAUUAGUUCAGGUUCAAAUCAUUCAGGAAUUGUAACAUCUGAUGGUCAACUUUUUAUUUGUGGUUCUGCAUUACACGGUUUGCAAUUCAAAUUUAAAAAAUAAUUUAGGUAAACUUGGUUUUGAAGAUGCAAAUCAACCAUCUUAUCCUAAAUUCCUACUUGUUUAGGCUAUGAAAGGCUUAUUUGUGACUUAAGUGGCAACAGGAGAUUAUCAUACUUUAUGUUUAUUAGACAAUGGAUAAGUAUAUGCUUGGGGUGGCACUCUACAUAAAAAGUUAGGAUCUAAAGCAGGUAAACCAGCAAGAAUAGAAACAUUAAAAAAAACUAUUGUUUAAAUAGGCUGUGGAGAUUUUCAUAGUGCUGCAUUGAGUGCUAAUGGAGAUCUUUUUACUUGGGGAGGAGGAGGAAGAGAUUAUAAUAGAGGUCAAUUGGGUCAUGGACAUUUAAAUGAUGUAGAAACUCCCUAAGUCGUUAAAGAUAAUAUCGUCAAAUUCAGUUGCGGUGGUUAUCAUAUGAUGGCAUUAGAUAAAGAUGGUGAAUUGUGGUCUUGGGGUUCUGGAAUGUAUGGAGAAACUGGCUAAGGAGAAUUCUAAGAUAGCUUAUUACCAAAAAAAGUUAAAAUUAAUUUCAAUCAAAAACAUAUUAUUAUUGAUGAUCUUUAUGUGUAGAAUAAAUAAGGUAUUAUAAAUUUUGAAUAUAGAAUCAACUAUAAAGGAAAUUAGUCUAGGAGGACAUCAUAGUUUAUUAUUAUCAAAUAAAGGUAUUGUUUAUGCUUGUGGAUAUGCAUAACAUGGAUAAUUAGGUAUUAAAGCUACUGAAAAUCAGAACAAAUUUUAAUUAGUAAUAGGAUUAUCUGGAAAAACUAUUGUCUAAAUUGCUGCUGGUUGGAAUCACUCAAUUGUAUUGACAAGUCAUUCUGAUGUCUACACUUGUGGACAUAAUUAAGCAGGACAACUUGGAAUUGGUGAUUAUGAAAGUAGAACUUAAUAUACAAGAAUCAAUUUCUUGGAAUAAAGAAGAAUUAAAUAAUUAUUUGCAGGAGGAAAUCAUUCUUGGGCAUUAAUUGAUUAUAAUCAACCCAGAAUUGAUGAUUAUUCUCCUCCUUCUCCUCUAAACGAAGAAGCUAAAAUAGAGAACUUUACUUAACCUCUUGAUCAAGGCUUAUAGGAUUUAGAAAUAGUUAUUACUGAAGUUAAAAUGCAUCAUAGAUUUGUCAAAAUUUAAGUGCCAGCAUAAUUUUAAACUACUAUUUAGGCUAAGAUUAAUGAUUACUUAAAUUUUAUGCAAAAAGAUCCAAAUACAAAAUUAAGUAAAUUUUAGAAUGAUGCUCUUGCUUUAGGAGUAAAAGAAGAAAAUAAUAAGUAUAUAUAUGUUUAUAGAUUUAGAUUAUCAUUUACUAUUAUGAUGGUUAUGGAUCUAUCAUCAUAGAAAAUGCCAUUAGAGGAUAUGGAUGAAGGCAAAGUGAAUCAAAUUGGAAAACAAUUUAUUGUGAAAAGAAGUACUUUCAAUAAAAAUCCUAUAUAUGAUUGGAUUAUAUAGGCUGAAAAGAUAAUGAACAUUCCAGGAAUUUCAAUUAAAUUCUUGGAACUCAGACCAUUAUAAUGA